GUACAGCGCGCUGAUCCUAUCGAGAUGGAGGAAAUCGCGCAAAAUAUACAAUUUUUGCCUGACACCACCCUCCGCGAGAUCGCCAAAGGCCCAUUGGUGAAAUUCGCAUUGUCAUGCCCCGAUAAUAAGAAAGUGAGCCGAGUAUGGCAGUCGUUGAUCCAGACACUGUCGACGCCAUCGCUCUCCCACUCUCAUACCUCAGCGGCAUGCAAUGCCACUUCGGCAUUCCUUGAUGCUGCAGCUUCAGCUGAAAAUGAAGAGACUAGAGAGCUUGCUCUGUCCUCGGAGACAUGGCUGGCAGUGUUUGACGUCUUCUUGAAUCGAUACGAAGAUGCCAAGCCGAAGCCUUUGAAGCAGCUGUUAGGCUCACUCACGCCCAUUUUGGCUAAGCAUUAUCAAGGAUCAAAAAAAACAGAAAUCCAGACCGCAGUUGUGGAUGCAAUAAUCCCCAGUAUUAUACUGGGCGAGCCUCGGUCGCGUCUCAAAGCCUGCCUUGUGUGUCUCGAGGUUUUCAUCCGAAAGAGCGCCAUUUCACCGUCAGAAAUGAUCCCACUUGUUCGCCAAUGGCUUUCCGAGAACUAUGACCGAUGGACGCCUGUUUUUGAGAAAGAUCGCGUGGCACUGUCGUUGGAUAGCUGCGAGGCCACUUCUGUUGCAUCUGUCCUUUCUGAUGAAUUGGCUGCAAGAAUUUUCAUUCUGGGGCUCUUAACCCAAACCAACAACAAGGAGAUGGCCACGUCCUCCGGAGUUAUGCUGUCAUCGUUUUUGCAACAAAUGAAAUCAGAACGCCCGGAACAGCAACUAUCGCCAAUGUGGGUGGCUCCAGUGAGACAUAUGGUCCUGCAAAAUGUGGAUACCUUGGAGGCACAGUCAAAUCGUCUCUUCCAGCCCAUAUUCACCUUGGAUCCGACUGGGUUUCGCUCUUUUGUCAACACUCUUCCUCUCCAGAGCCUUCUGGCUGGUGAUAUGACCGAUGCUCCACAACAAGAGUACAUGCUACUUUUUGCAGCUCUCCGGGUUGGCAAGAAAGUUAAUCUUGUCCAUGACGACUACGAUCUCACGAAUCUAAACAGUACCGAAGAUGGCACCACGAACUCCCUGGUUUUGAAAAGUGAAGUUCUUGGACACUUCCUUCUUCACAAUGAAUCCAAUAUCCGAAUAGCCGCGUUAUCUUUGUUGAUUACGGCGUUCUCGACCAUCAAGCCAUUGACGACUGCUGCAACAAACGCGAUUCUCAGAGGCCUGCCAUCAAUGCACGCCGAUUCUGACUCUUAUACCCGCGGCGAGAUCAUGAGUUUGACCCGCAAGUUCAUUGUCCGUCUUAAGGGAGGUAUUCUUGAUGAGUCCUUUGGCCUCAACACACUCGCACCGAGCACCGGAAAACAGCCCCUGAACUUUCCCAGGAGCGACGUGGAGACGAGACACUUUUUAAGGGAAUACCUUCAUUUCCUGGAGAAAGAUCUUCGUGUUACAGCGUCUUACCAACGACAUAUUAGCUCUCUGAAGGCAUUGAAACUGCUUAUUGAAUCCGGCCUUGAUCCCCGAACGGAGAUAAAACCCGCGAAGUCAGAGGUUGACAAUCACUGGAAGUUCAAAAUGGAUGUCUUUGGACCACGUCUCCUUCGACUACUAGUGGAUCUUCUGAUGGACCCAUUUGACGAAGUCCGACACACAUCGCUCUCCAUUCUUAACUUGUUUCCUCGAGACAUUUUACUACACAGUCUGCUCAACACUCCCGAUGAACAACCAAGCAUCGGCAUGCGAUUGACGGAUGCUGUGGCUCGAGCCGAGAAUAUUGCAAGUAAAACCAGUAGGGCCGAUCAUGCGGAUACUGUUGCUCGUCUUUACCAUGUCUUGUUCUGUGCGGCUCUGCCUCACCAGCUGGACAGCCCAAGCCAGCCUUGGUGGGCAACGAAGACUUCGGUCGUUGAUACAAUUGUCCAAAAGCUGGAGCAACGUCUUUCCAGUCCGCAGGGCCUUUUCCAUUCUGCUAUGCGGGAGGCUCCGCUCCACGGCUAUAUGUCAGGACUCAGAUACAUCCUUUUGAUGCCCAACUUCCAUUCGCUUAUAUCCGAUGAGUCUGGAUCCGGAAGCUGGCGCUCGGUUCACGACCGGGUCGUUGCAAUUUGUGACAAAGUUUGGUUGGAAGUGAAGCCUGUGCUGUGUGUUGAUUCCCCGGAGGGUCACACGGACGAGCCGAUUGAAGACUUGUCUGUUGGCCCCAAGGAUAUUCUUUCCUACUCCUGGAGAGCUUUACGCGAAUCCAGCCUGCUGCUCUAUGCUACUGUGCAUAAUGUCACAUAUGGUCCUAACGGGGGCAAAGGUCUUCAACGUGCCGACUUUGCACACAUAGGGCGAGCUAGCUUUACACAGCUUGCUGAACUCCGCCAUAGGGGUGCAUUUUCAACUGUUUCACAGACCUUUACUACAUGCUGCCAACGGUGCAGUGAAUCUAAUGACCCUUCAAUUCGUGAGCUUCUUCCGAGCUGGUAUCAGGAGGCUAAAACAAUCAUUUUUGAGACGGCGUCCAAACUCACUCGCCGCUCCGCUGGUUUGCCGGCGUUGGUAACCGGGAUUCUUUGCGCUGAUCCAGGAACACCUUUCUUCAAGCAUGCUCUAAACGAACUCCAUGAAAUUUCUCGCUUACCUGUGGAGUACGAUAAGAAGAGACAGUACUUGGAGUUGCCUCAGGUUCAUGCGAUGAACUGCCUGAAGGAUAUUUUUACCAACACCAAGCUUGGCCCCUUCACAGAGGCAUUCAUCAUGCCAGCUCUGACACUAUCGGCUGAGCGCCUGGGAUCACCCAUAUGGGCACUCCGCAACUCGGGAUUGAUGCUCUUUCGUGCCCUCUUAACGAAAAUGUGCCGCCUUGUCCCUGGGUCCGGGCCAGGAUUUGGUGGGAGGUCUGGGUCAGAGCCCGGUGCCCGAAUCUCUUUCCCUAAAUACCCUGGCCUGUUGGAGUUAUUAUCCCGUCUUCUCACGCCGACGACCGGACCGACAACAGAAGGAAGCACUGAUAUCAUAACUGAGCGAGUGUUUCCCGCGCUGGAGUUGGUCGGCGAGAAAGUUCCGACUAUUGCUGAUAACGGCGACACCAUGAUACGGGGUCUAGUGCUUGAGCACCUCAAGAGCCCUGUUUGGGGCAUCAGAGAGCAUGCGGCCCGCGUAUAUGCAUCUUUGCUAACUCGUGAACAUAUUCUGGAAGGUGUUCGCGGCCUUGUCGAAUUUCCCCGAGCUGCCGUGACUGAGAAUCACCUUCAUGGAACCGUUCUCUGUGUCCGGUAUGCUUUGCGUCGGUUCUCGUCCAACACGAAUGUCUUGUGGAAAGUAAACACGGAUGAGCUUCUUACCACUGUUCGCUGUGUUCUCGCGACCGUGUUCCCAUUGGCUAAAUCUCCCAUUGUGGCAACUGAUCUCAUUGAGAUUCUGAACGACACUUUGGAGCGAAGCAUUGAAGCUCAGGUUGAGACAAGCAUUGCCCACUUUGUCGAUGAACUAUUCCAAACACAUGAUCUUCAUGGUAUCAAGGGUCAUGUUUUUAACGCCUCCUGGCCAGGCUGGAACCUGUCCAGCAGCACUCGCUCGUCCUCCCUGUUGAGGAGAGCACUAGCCUGGUGCACGAUAUUGAAAAUGCUUUCGUUAGGCCAAUGGCACGAUAUCACGACGUUCUAUCAUGGUGUGUCGCUCUUUGAUGCCAAUGCUGCUCGGUGGGUCUCCGAGCGACUUCAUGAAAAGCUUGGCGCACUUCAGAGGUACAGGAAGCCGCUGGCUGAACUGUACUCGUCUGUAAUUAUGGGAAGCUUUUCGACCGAAGUCAAGAUCAUUGCGGUUUCCAACCUUGCUUGCAUCCUUGAAGACCUGCUGGUAUUACAACUUGAUGCCGCCCAAAGCCUCGUGCUGCCAUGGGAAAAUAUCGGGAAGAGCUUCCAACCGGAGAUGGACAUCCAGGCCUGGAACAGAGAAGCGACGGAUGCAGAACUUCGUCUUCGAGGAUGCUUGCUCAACGUUCGGAUUUCUUUGGAAGGGAAAGAGUCUCUUUCGGCAUUUGAAAGCGACCUUGAAAGCUGGAGCAUCAAGCUACGCUCCGCGUUGAGUGAGGAAACGGAGUUUACAACCCGCCACGCCGCUGUUGCAUCACUUUGGAGCUUCGCACGGGCCCUUCGGCCAUCCGCAAGUGCCCCGAGAACCUCCUCCGGGUUUUUGAGGAUCUACUUGGUUUUGUACGACAUGUUAAAUGAUGACGCCGAAGAGCUGCGAGAUAUGGCCGCUGCAACAGCAUCGUGGGUGCUGUCGUAUUCGUCCGUCUCGCCAGGGACAGCCGUUGCUCUGGCCCCGUUGAACGCAAGCAGCCUUCUCGUCGAGUUCAUCGUCCACCACUACUCUGACUCGAAUCUCCUUGCGGAGAGAGCGAUUCGCUACAUGCUUGGGCAAGAGCCCCGAGUCAGUGGCUUUGGAGAGCCAAAGCCGCUGAUUGCUGUCUCCGAUCUCGUCGCCGAGUAUGGCCAAGAGAGCACCGUGUUGUUUGUGGAGGAAAAGCAGAAUCUUUUCAUUGAUGAGGUUCGCGAAGUGGACGUCUGGUCUCAGGCCUUGCUGCGCUUCAAGAAAGACGCCUACCCCGAAUCACUUGUUCGUGAACUGUCGCACUGGGUUUCUGGGGGUCUGGCAUAUCUUUCUGCGCAUGCUGCUGGCGCCACCGGUCAAGAUGGACUGUUAGGCUGGGUCUCAAAGUCAGAGACAUUUACCUUGGGGGCUCGCAUCAUUGGCCUCGCAUCUGUUCUGGCAUCAGAGGGGUUUGUAGCUGCCCAAUAUCUCAGUGACAACCGGCAAGAGCUUCGAGAUAAGCUGCAGUUGCUUCUUGAUGCAGGACAAACGGCCUCGAUUCAUGAGGAAUGGCUGUGGAGAAUUAAGGCAAGCUUGGAGGGUGAGAGAAGCUAG